GAAUCCCGGACUUGUUCUUCUCACAAUAAGGAUAGCCAGAAAGGUAGAGUUACCCUAAGAGAAAGUUUUUAACGAGAAGAUGGCUUUUUUUUGGCUGCGUCGUCAUCUCUACGGUGCUGAUUCGGCUUCAAGGAGUGCAAUCUUGAGACUACGGAACAAGCGAAAGGAAUUAGAGAAAUUUGUGGAUGAAAUCGGAACAAUCGGAGGUGCAAAAAAGAAAUCAAACAAUUCUGUGGUUUGACAGACUACGGAAGAAAUUGAUUAAUUUCAU